ACUCAAACACACACACACACACACACACACAGCAGUUUGUUGCUCUGCUCCGAGAAUGUAUUCAGAAGAUUCCCCAGUUCUCACCAGUGACGAUCUUCAGUCGACAAAAUCUGGGGUCCAAGGAAUAAAUGGCCAGAUCUCCCAGAUCCCAGGACUGUCCCAAGCUAUGAACCCUGUCCCUGAUGAGAGGGCCCGGGGUCGCAGGGUCGGAGUCCUGGACAGUGAUUCUGACUAUGUCAAACUUGCAAAACAAGGAGGACAUAGGGGACUUUUGUGGCACGAGAACACAAUUACUUCCAACACUAACUCAUACCAACCUCCAGACUGGUUCUGCACUGAGUCAGGUGACAACAGCGAACCAAGCCUAAUUAACACUGACGAGAAUAAAAACCCUGGAGCUUUUCAACAGCUAGAGCCUCCCUUUGGGAAUGACAACAUGUCGGCCUGGGAGAGGGAUGAUAGCAGCAGCAAUGGCAAAGAGAAGGACAACAAUGUUCAUGACAGCCAGUUGGAGAAAUUGCAGUCACCCACUCAAUAUUACCAGACCAGCAAAUUCAAGAGAAUAGUGUACGACAAGAAACCAGCUCCUGUCGACAUGUCUAAGCUGUUGAGCUUUGGUUAUGCAGAAGACGACAAACCAAUAGCCAACCACGAUUUGUCAAACUAGAAGACUGCCAGUGGAAAAGGAUGCCCAAAGUUAAAUGCUUCCAACAGGAAUAGUUGCCAUCCUCUCCUCUAACAACACUUUUUUUACCCUUUCAUGCUGAGCCACAUCAAAUGUUUAACCUAGUUUCUAUUGUUUUGUCACGUCAGAUGUAUUACUCAAGCGUGAAAGUGCUUAACUGAAUUAAAGCUAGGACCUUUUUAUUUAUUUUGCCUGUUAGUGGUGCCUCAUUACCUGUAUUCCUUAAGUAAAGAAGGCACCCGUAAGCCUCGUGUUAAGUUUUUUGCAGUGUCUGUAACUCUGUUAAAGGCAGCUUUAAAGAAUAAGAGUUUAAUUAUUCAAAUAAAAUAAAAAUUUAUUCAAAA